CUUCAGCUCUCACGCAAGGAACAAAACCCUAACACCUUUAGUCAGUGUUACAGCUUGCGACGCAUCCAAUGUUAUUGAUAUUGUGUCUUGUCAUUUAUAUUAUUAUUAAUAAAAGUUGAAAUCAAAAUAAAAUAAUCAUUUGUGCCAUUUAAACACUUUUUUGUAUUCUAGUAAAUGACGGUCUAUUUAAGUUUAUCUUCAUGUGAUUAGCUUUUAAGAUGGAUAAUAAAAUCUUUUAUCGUGGUAGACAGCAGCAGUCAAAUCUUCCUUUUAAAGUUUUUGAAGGUUAUAGUUAUUGUUGUUACAAAACUGUGAAAGACACCAGCUAUUUAAGAUGCUGUGAACGUCGUUCUCUUCGCUGCGAUGCUCAUGGAAAAUUUCAAAACGGUCAAAUUUUUUUAACUACUAAUCAUAAUCAUGAAGGUGAACCAAAGCUAGAGCUGUACUAUAAUUUUCAGAAAGCUUUGUAUUAUGCUUCGAUUUCGCAGCCUUAUCAGUCUCUGCGACUGAUUUAUGAUAAUUUAAGUGUGAUUCAUUAUGAAGCAGCCAUAAAGUACACGUGGGCCAAAAUGCAGCCAAUGAUGACAAGUUGGCGUCGUAGUAAUCAACUUCCUCACCCACCAAUUCCCAAUGAUUUACUGCAUUAUGUUACUCUGCUAAGGAUGCCUCAAUGGGAUCAUCUACUGCGUUAUUCGCAAGGCCAUCUAAGUGUUUCAGCCCUUCAUGCACCUGAUGGUGGCAUUAUAAUAAUAUUUUUCGACUUAAAUUUUUUGGCAUCAAUAAUAACAACGACGCUCUUUAUGGAUGCUACUUUUAAAAUGACCCCCAAAAAACCAAAAGUUUAUCAAUUUUUCACGAUUAUGGCGUUAAUUAAUAACAAGGCCUUGCCAAUAUGCUGGAUGUUAAUGUCAAAAAAGUCAGCAUCAGCAUACAAAACAGGAUUAUCCUACUUCAAAAAUCAUGGAGCACCGCACAUUCAACCUCAAACAAUAAUGUCAGAUUUUGAAGCAUCACUGGAUGUUGCUAUUAAAGAUCAAUUUCCGGCAACUCUACACACUGGGUGCUACUUUCAUUUUUGCCAGGCACUGAUAAAAAGAUUGAAGAAACUUGGACUGUUACGUUUAGUAAGCACUUGGAAAUAUGGCCAGAUUAUUAUUAGGAAAUUAAUGGCACUGGCUUUGUUGCCUCCAAACGACGCCCUCCAAGGAUACAACUGGUUAAUAACGAAUAUUCCUGAAGAUAUUUAUAUUUUAUUGCACGAAUUUUUUUUGUAUUUUUACAAUCAAUGGAUUGUUAGAACUCCACCAACACUAUGGAGUGUCCACGGCCAUGAACAACGUACGAAUAAUUUUUCAGAAAGUUACCAUAAAAAAUCAAAUAUUCGUUUUGGCGUUCACCCGAAUAUAUGGGACUUUACCGAAAAUCUAACUCGUUUGCAAGCUAUUACUCGAAUAGAGUAUGAAUCGUUGCAAAAUGGCGAAGAUAUAACAAGGUCAACUCGAUCAGAGAAUUUAGAUAUAAAUAUGAAAAUUAAAAAAGCUUGGGAUUUGUACAACAACAAUAUACUAGAUAUACCCAGUUUUUUGGCCUGCGCCAGCAAUUUUUUGCGAGCUUUUCAAGGACAUAUCAUUGACGACGAACCCAAUCAUCAGAACAAUGUAGCAGAUAUUGACGCUAACAACAUUGUUAAUAAUUACGAUGACCACUUAAUAUUUUUAGAGUUAAAUAUAAUGGAAAUUCAAUAACAAUAAAUUUUAUGUAAUUGUUAAUUUAUUGAUCAUAAAAAAUCUUUUCCUUCAAUUAUUCGUUCUAUUGAAACAAUUUAUUGUUUACUAUUUAAUUUAUUUAGUGGUUUAUAUCUACUGUAAUGUUUCGUAAUUAACCAUUUCAUUAAGAUUAAUUUAUUUAGUUCUUGUCAAAAAUGAAGUUGUAAUAUUAAAAAAAUUGCAUUGUCAUUAUCUUCAUUAAUAAUACCAAACAGUU